CUUCUGUCCUUGGUCUUAAUAAUACGGAAUUGAAGUAGUAGACUACGGAUAUAAACAGUUGAAGCUAGUGGUGUCAAGAAACUGUAUGACAAGAACACGUCAUUUCUGAGAAAAAAAGAAUGAUUAAGUUCUUUAUUACAAAGUAAGGUGAGGGCAUUUUAUUGACAGCUACACACCCAAGAACAUAGUCAUAUUUAAUUAACAUUUUAGCAACAUUCAGAAACACUUUGUAAUUUUAAACAACCAGCGUUCCUUUUUGGAUACUGGAUCUGGAAAAGAUUAGAUUGGUAUAGCGAUGUUCUCACAAAUAUGUCGAUCAAGUACUGAGAGUUUGCUUGGGAAGAAUUCGUUGUUCAAAGAAGAGCCAUUCAUCAUAGCAGCAGUGAUAUUUGUGUAACUGAUAAGCAGGAUACUGAUGCUGCAAUUUUGUUUAUUAUAUAGAAUUUUUAUAAGUGAAGUUGUUCAGUUUAUCAAGUGCUAAGCAAUUCGCCAAGUUAGGGCCAUAAAUCUAUUGAUGGGGUCUAAGAUUAGAUCACAGGUUAGCUGGCCAUACCAGUCAAAGUAAAGUAAAUUCUCUCCUGGCCGCGUGAAGAAUCUACCAUAAAUCAAAGUCUUCGUCUUAUGUUUUUCGAAUUCUCUUUCAACAAAACAAAACAUAUCAUAUUUAAUUUACAAAGUACCAAAAGUUCGUUCGUAGUUCAGUUUUCCUCUUCCUACUACCUCCGCGUGUACCUAAAAGUCCCGGAUGCACCCCUUUAGCGUCCAAUAUUUCCUAUACUCCCCUAAAAUUAAUGCAAAGUGUUAAUUUUAUUUCAAUGUUUUUAACCCAUCUCCCUUAAAUGUAUUCUUCUUCUUUUUCAGCAAUACGCUUUAUCUUUGUCUUUGCAGCUCUGACUGCUUGCCUCUCUGGUCGUGCUUCUUUUGCCGCCUCAGCAUCAUCUGUUUCUUUGUUCGCAACUCGUAUUCGUUGAUUCAGCUCCUGUAGAGUCAUAGUUGACUUUAUCUCUAGGGGGCAGGUGAGCUGUAUAGGGCAUUCCCAUAUCUUAUUUGUCAUAGACUCGAACGAGACAGUGUUUGUGAAGACCCAAUUUCUCCAGAAUUUUGUCUUGCAAUCUGUUUAUACAGACUUGGCAGGGGGGAUUAUGUUGAGACAAUCGCUGAAAUGGUUGGCCUUGGCACUUGGCCAACUGUUUCCACAAUUGUGAAUGAAGUCAAUGAAGCAAUUGUUUCGUGCAUGUGGGAAGAGUGUGUUAGUUCAUUGAUGCCUUCUUCAGAGGAAGAUUUCCAAAGCCAAAUUUUGGAUGUAGAAGAACAAUGGCAGUUUCCUUUUACAUGGGCAGCUGUUGAUGGGUGUCACGUCCCAAUGAAAUGCCCUCCUGGUGGUAACGAGGCUAGCAAGGAAUUCCACAACUUCAAAAAUUUCUGCUCAGUAGUUUUAAUGUCACUUGUUGAUGUCAAAUACCGCUUCAUUUGGGGAAGUUGUGGAUUUACUGGCAACUCUCAUGACUCCAUCAUCUUGCAGUCUACUUCACUUUGGGCAGACCUUAAGAAUGAUAAGCUCUUGCCACCUUUGAUGCACACCGAGCAAGGAAUACUCAUCCCACCACUGAUCAUUGGAGACUCAGCUUUUCCUCUAGAGGCAUGGCUAAUGAAGCCAUACACAAAUGCAGUACUGACAGAGAAGCAGCACAAUUUUAACUAUAGACUCAGUCGGGCAAGAAUGGUGGUCGAAUGUGCCUGUGGUCAGUUGAAAGGGAGAUGGCGUUUAAUCAUGAGAAAAUCCGAGGGAGGCCUUUUUCAACACAAAGUGGCCACGUUAGCAUGCAUGGUAUUACAUAAUGUUUGUUUGAUGAAUGGGGACAUAAUCCCUUCAAAGUUGGAUCUGAGCAUCAAUCCUGAAACAAAUAAAAAGCGUGAUCGCUCUGAAAUAAGAGAAAUUUUGCUAAUGAAAACAAGCAGGAAUGUGGUUGAUCACCAUAAAACAACAACAGCAACUAAAAUUAGAGAUACAAUUGGAAAUAAACUAUGGAACGAAAAACAAAGAGAUGCUUAAGUAUAGUCUUUAAAAAUUUCUGAAUAGUUUUUAUAUGUAGGAAAUUGUGAGCGCUCCUUCCUAUCUCUCUCUCUCUCUCUCUCUCUCUCUCUCUCUCUCUCUCUCUCUCUCUUUCUCUCUUUCUUUUGUGUAUAGUUGUUGUUGUUGUUGAUUGAAUUCAGUUGAAAAGAAGAUUUCUUGCUUACGAACGACGACGACAGUCACGAUGAAGGAAGAUAGAUGCGAACGACAGUCACGAUGAAGGAAGAUAGAUGCGAACGAUUCACGUAAAGAACAAUAUUCAAAAUAAUACUAAAUCAAGACCUUGAUGGACCGAGGUGACUUCGUUAAAAUUCUUACGUUAUUUUCUUCUCUCUGGACGUUAAUUCUUCUCUCUGAUUAAUAAUUCGUGGUUGUUUAUGUCAUUAUAUUCGCUGAUGUUUAUACUUUAUCUUGCAUUUAAAUUCGAAUAAGAAAUUAUACAGUCCUCUGACUUUGAUAUAGAAUUUGAUCUUCAAGACGAAUGAACCUAUAUGGUAAUUCUAACCUGCCAAGUAAAUAGAUCUUAACUAUUUACAUCUUAGUAGUGAUUCCUGGCAGGUAAUUCUCUAAAUACAUUGCAGCCCUUAUCUAUGAGAAAAUUACAACAAUCUUUAAGAUCUGAACAGUAGACAUUAUAGAAAAAUCGAUAAGGAUAGCAUGUCCCCCCAAACAUGUCUCUGAUUGGUUUGCUCAACUCUCAACUGACUAUUUUUACUUUAGAUAUUUCGGUGAAAAAUAACUCGUAAUGUAAAUAUUCCUAUGUCAAGUUCCUUAUCACCAAUUGGCAUUUACGAAUGAUAUAACUUAGGGCAAUAAGCAGUACAUAAGGAAACAUUUAGCUCUAAAUGGAAACCCUGGGCCAGCUUAUGGCUUAUCAUGCAGGAUUAAAAAGACCCAAAUUAGCAAAUAUAUUUUGUUUAAGGUGUCAUACCUACAAACCAUACUGGAACUACUUGCUCAAUCUCUGCAUUAUAAGUCCACCAAUAAUCUUUCAAAGAAAUAUCAUCUAUGAUCCUGUCGUUGUAAAGCAGCCAAUAGUACAAUUGAUAAUACACUGUAAGAUGCCUUGUCGCAUAGGGUCAGGAUCAGGGGGAAUGGCUUCCGAUGACUUGACAUUAAGUGCCUUGUUCAGUCGAACUCUAGCUUGAACGAGCUUUUCAUCCAACUUCGCUUUGUACAGGGAUGUUUGCACAAAUUUCGAGACAUCGUUAAUUGCAUUUUCAGAUAAACUUUCUUCUAAACCAAAAUUUUGAAGCAAGAUUAAGCUUUUGUUCUUUUUGAUUAGCUUUUUUGAGCAACUUGACCUUCCCAAUCCCAAAAAAGAAGAUGUUGUAUCACAUCCUGUCAGCGCAUGUAUUGCUAGUUGCUUUGAGAUCUCUCCUAGAAACUGCACCACCUUCUCAAUGUCGAUAUAUCUGCCAUAAUCGAUCUUCAUGUACGAUUUCCGAUUGGGCCUGUCAAUACAGUACGCGUACACCAUACGAAUGAAGAAUGCUGUGCUUUUGCGACAAUAACUACGUUUGUAUCCUCUAAGCAAGCACGAAGAAUUAAGCGUGUGUCCGCUUCUUCGUGAUUACACUUGAACAACGGUGCUGUGCUUUCUUUCGUAAUUUUCCAUGUUUCAUCUUUGUCUGUGAAGAGUAGCGGGAUAGAAAUAUGCUUCUUUGUUUCUUGACUCUUAAAAAAGUAGCACGAACUCUUAUCAAAUCUGCUUUAUUCUCAAUAUUGUGAAAAAAGGAUAGCCAUUCGUUGCCUAUCAGCAUCUCUUGGUCAAACCUUGAACGUGAACUCUUCGUCCUUUAUCUCCUCUCUUGGCUCUUGUGCCGCUUUUGACACUUUCUUUGUGAUAAGUGUCGUUUAUGAUCUCUACUUGAAUGGGGUUACGGUCGCCUUGAGGAACAGCGACCUUUAACAAGGACACGAACCAUUCACAGCCAUCCAAUCUAUCAACCAUCUGGCAUUUUGUGGACAAUCUUGUGUCGUUGCCUCUGACUGUGCAAUUAUGUAGGCUCGACGAAGGUGGUUCUGUUAUGGCCGUAAAGUUCCAUCGGGGGUUGCAAAUAGACAAGGGCACAGAGGUAAGUGGGUAUUGAAAAGCCUCUUCAAUAUUGAUCGAUUUGGAUAGCAGAUCUCCAAAAGUUUGGCAAUCUUCCUUUAGAAUUGAAACUUUCUUUUGCUGCUUCACCCUCUUGGACAAUCCUGUUUCAAGUUUCAUCUUAUUUAUGGGCUGAAAAAAAUUCACGGCCUCUUUUACUAAGCGAUCUUCCAGAAACUGAAAAUACUUUUCGUUACCAAGCACAGGAGCGUCCAGAAGGUCUUUGACAACUCGGUGGUCUAAUUUCUUACCGGUUGUAAGAUGUCGAGCUGGUCCUUUACCCAUUUAAUCUAUGUUAUAAUCUCGCAGGUUUUGCUUAAAGGACAAGUGACACACUUUUCACCCUAUCUUUUCUUUUCAUUAUCUUAUAGAUCAUCAUUUAGAAGUGAGUUUUUUCUGGUUUAGAACAAAAAAUUCUAAUCAGGGGGCGCGGGGGGCGCGAUUUUGGUUCUUAUCACGUGACCCAAUGACGUACAUUGUGAUAACUCGGAAUUUCCCUGCCAUUGAUAGAGAGUUUACGAAACACGACGCGACAGGUCCAGACGAACUGAAUUCGUUUAGAAGCGUGUUGUAAACGUUAAUAUUGCACUGUAUACCAGUAGCAGCAAUAACAAAUUAUCACAAUCUACGUCACGGUGUCACGUGAUUCAUUUCCCGCCAUAAUUUGAAAAGGGUUUUUAAGUAGAAAAAUGAAAUCAGAAAGGAAAAAUAUUUCAACAACACUCUCAUAGAGCAUUUUACUUUAAGUUAAAAAAAAAAUUUGGCGCCAAAAGCGUGUCACUUGUCCUUUAAGUUUUUCUACGUGCUUAACAUGAAGCAGCUUUCCUGCUGAUGUAGACUCUUUGUGAACUGCAGAUGUUUGAAGGUUUAUUCUUUCUCGCAAUUCCGUCCAAAGCCGUGAAUGGAUGUGUGAGGUUUUAACCCAAGUAUUCACUGUAUUUAUGUCGAUGCUAUACCCUGAUCGAAAUUGACCUACAGUUCCUUUUGUCUCGCCAUUAAAGACCUCAGUUAUCAAAUCAUCAUCAGAUAUUUCCAACAGAUAAACUUCCCCCAUAAUGUCAUCAAACAAGUAACUUCCGGUAAAAUUUUUUUGGCCCAUCUUGAAUUUGAAAUCUCCAUAGUUG